UUUAAAAUCUGAAAAACUGUCUUUCUUGCAAAAACUCAAGAAAGAUUAUCUUUUUUUUUGCCCAAAUUUGAAAUUUGUUUUUGACUAGGUUUAGAAUUCCAAAAUUUUAAUGAAGUCCCAACCCCCAUCUAAACAAGCUCGUGAUUGCGGCCACUCGGGUUCCCUCUCUUGGUUAACAUUUAACAAUUCAAAAUUCCCAACUUCCCGGCGAAAUUCUAGUCUAUGGAAGACGAAUCCCUCCAGCAUCGUUCUCGCCAAUCGGCAGAGGGAUCUAAGUUUCGCUCCUUUCAAGGUAUGGAGUCCGUUGUUGCUACAGUCAGCGGCUACCACGGCUCUGAGCGCUUCAAUCUCAUCAAACUCAUCUCUCAGACGGGUGCCAGCUACUUGGGUGCAAUGACGAGAUCGACCACCCAUUUGGUUUGUUGGAAAUUCGAAGGAAGGAAGUUCAGUCUUGCAUCAAAGUUUAAAACGUUGAUAGUUAACCACAGGUGGGUUGAGGAUUGCAUAAAGGCAGGGAAGCGUAUUCCAGAGCAUCCCUAUAUCUUGCAAAGGGUUCUAUUUAUUUGCAGUGGGGAAGAAGUGGGGCCUUUAUUGUUGAAAGCCCCACCUGCAGCUAAGAGGGCAAUUGUCUCAUAUAAAAGAAAUGACAAAGAACUUUCUGGACAAUCCUAUAAAUUUGAUGACUCCAGCAAAUCAUUGAUUAAUGAAAGGUGUGGAGCUGCUCGCCAAUCUGUUUGGAUUGAUCUCUGUUUUCAGAAGGAGCAAGAAGAAUCAAUUUCUCAUUACUCAACACAUUCAGCCAGACAGAAAAGAAGCAUUUGCAGGGAUCUCCAAAGCAUUUCGGCUGAGCCUUCUCAUAAAGGUCGGAGGCUUGUGAAAAGGAAUGUGAGUGAAGGCGUUUUGAGUUCUGCUUUUCCAGAUUCUGAGGAAGAAUGCUUCCUUUUAGGAGUUUCUAAUGAACGUGAUAAUGUCACGACUCCAUCUAACCAUUCAGUUAGUGUGAGAAAUGGAAGUGUGCCGAGAAUUCAAGAAACAACAUCUAAUGAUGCAUUUGGUGAAUGUGGGGAAAGCAUAAAUGAAGGUUUGGAAAGUCUGGAAGAGAUUGAAGAUUUAAACCAUAUUAUUAGAUCUCAAGAUUCAGAUUUGCAUAUUGAGGAUGCACAACCUGCCAUAGAAAGAGCUUCACAGAAUAGGUGUUCUGAUGUUGGGAACUUCGACCAACAGAUGGAAGAUGGGGGUCAAGUUGAGCAUAUUACCAGAACAACUACUUCAACAGAGUUAUCAUGCGUUAUAUGUUGGACAGAUUUCAGUUCAACCAGGGGGAUUUUGCCAUGUGGACAUCGAUUUUGUUAUUCAUGCAUUGAAAGCUGGGCUGAUCAUAUGGCUUCAAGAAGGAAAAUUUCAACAUGCCCUUUGUGCAAGGCGAGUUUUACAAGCAUCACCAAGGUGGACGAUGUGCCUUGUUCAGAUCAGAAGAUAUAUUCACAGACUAUUCCAUUUGAUCCAUUAAAAAGAGAUGUCUUGUUCCCUUGUGAUGUUGAAAUUCCCUUCUUUGGAGCUGAGCCCUCGUCCGCACCUGCUUGUUGUGAGUGUUGCUGUAGGGAGCCAGUGGAUCUUCUGAUCAGCUGUCAUCUCUGCCAGUUUCAAUGCAUUCAUUCCUACUGUCUGGAUCCGCCUUUGUUGCCAUGGGCGUGCAUUCAUUGCAAGGAUCUCCGUACGAUGUAUCAACACCACAGUUAGCAUCCAUGUACUUGACCUGUUUGUAUUGCUCAUGUCAAAAUUUGCAACUUAACCUCUGUCCAUUCACAAUAGAGUUUCUGGUUGAAUUACGCUGAUUGUGUGGCAGCACCAUAUAUUGUAGGCAAUGGGGCAAUGGAGAGACAAAUCACAUAAAAUUUGAUGAAUCGAUCUCAAAUAUUGUAGCUGUUCUAUUUUUCUAAUGUUAUGUAGCGUUGUUCCA